AUUUAUGACUCAAACUGAACAAGUUCCUAUAAAUACUUACCAUUUUUGACAGAAAUUUCAGGCGACUGAUACGAUAAGAAGGUUUAUCAAGCAAACGUGCUGACUUUCACGGUAACGCUAGCAUGCUAUUGAAAAAGGUGUCUUCAUAAUACAGAAUCAUGGCUGACACCAUCAAUGAAACCAUUGAAGAGAUAAGCGAGCCAAAUGGCACUCACACACCCAGUGGGAGGUUCAUAAAUAAGGAGCCAUUCAACCUUGACAAAGCUGCCCGUGACCUGAUUAUUAACCCAGCAGAGCAAAGAGGCUACAUCUCAAUAGAGCCCAAACCCAGUAAACCUGAAGUUGGUCUUGCCUUUUCUGGUGGAGGCAUUCGAUCAGCUGCUCUCUGUUCAGGGGCACUCCGCCAAAUACUUGGCGAAAACCCCACCCUGGAAAACGUAAACUUGAGUUGCGUAUCAGGGGGAGGCUACACCGGGUCUGCCUUUCUCGAAUGGUAUGCCGAUCAUGUUAGCUUGAAGCCUGAGGAUUCGGACCAAUCGGUUGAGUGGCAAAAAGAAUUCUUUGAAAACAUGCACAAGAAUGCCGGCUACAUGUGUAAUUUUGAAGAAAGUUGUAUCACCGGCUUAGGCCAUUUACUCUUGUUCGUCAUGAUCAUUCUAUUAGUUAACAUUGUCCUUUCCUCUGCCGUAUGGUUCCCUUAUGCAGUACCUCUGGCAUAUGCGAUAGAUUUUGUAUUUGGUAGCAUCCUUAGGGAGAAGCUAACUUGCCCAUCCCCAAUCUCAACUUACAACUACACGAACAGCGAGGAGAUCCCUGUGCUUGGUCUGGAAGCGUACAGCAGAUGUAAACCUCCUAUAUCCCGUGUCCUUCUCUUCACCCUCACAGUUUUUUUCAGUUUAUUGUUCUAUCUUUUCUCUCGGCUCAACUCAAUCUUUCCUCACCGUAUUACAAAGAGCAUGUGCUUCACCUACAAAGGUAUUUGGCGUCUCGCCUCUGUUAUCUGUGGCUUGAUAUUUUUAUUAACGGCAAUCCCUUGGUUCAUGGAAUCCUCGAUGCAACGCGCCCCCUUGUGGAUCAAGCUCGUCGUCAUCCUAGCAUGCCUUAUUCUGCCAUUCUUCCUCCCUAUCAUUCGUAACUAUGCGGGUCUGUUCUUGUUGUUUCUCGUGUAUUCGGAAAUCGUGGCUUGGCGCGUGUAUAAGAACGCAGCAUUUGGGAUUGUUGUGUAUUCAGACCAGGUGUUUUUCUGGGUGUUGUUUGCUUCUGCGGUUCUCAUUUUGCUCUCUCCCUUGGCUGGAGCAAUGCAGCAAUCUGCAGUGAACCUUCACAACAGGCGCCAACUUACCAGUGCCUUCUACAAGAACCCUUCCGGGUGCAUGCCGCAAGACCUUUUUCCCUGCUGCACUAAACGAAUGCAUGAAAUGAAAAAAGCAUGGAAGUGGGUCCCAUACGAGCAAGACUCUUUUAUGCUAAUACGAGGAAAAUACAAGAAAAAGCCUCGUCCAGAUGGUCAACUCUUCAUGGAUGACAUCAAAGAUCUCCACCCCAAAUACAUCAGUAACAUCACAGUCAACCAGUGGCGCGUUAACGAUGAUGACCCAAACCAGCCUGACUAUCAACUUCUCGCGUUCUCGCCAACUGGAGUUGAACUUGUCAGUGCAGAAUUAAACAAUGAAGAGCCAUCAGUGAAUUUGUUCAAGAAUUAUCUUCAGCCGGACCGCGUGCGUUUGGCAGAUGCCAUGGCGUUGUCAGCGGCAGCACUAGGUACGAGCAUGGGCAGCUAUAACGCUCAGAUGGACAGCGUGCUGGACUUGUUUAACGUGCUUGGCGUCGGCAUUGGCGACGAUGUCGUGUGUGACAGCUGCGACCCUAACAAGGAAAGCCUUUACUACAAGUGUUUUCUCCCAUGCUUCAUUGAGGUGCUGUUAGGUGUCCCUCUGGUUGGUCUCAGCAUCCCGUUCUUCCUUGGCUAUGGCGAGUCGUGGAUUGCCCUCGGAGUCUUUGUGUUUUUCGGUAUUUUAGCUAUCCUUGCUGGGAUUGCCGUCUCGCCGCCCACACAACCUCUUGUCAGGUGGUGUAUUAUCCACAUCUUCAUCGUACGCUUCUUGCGAGGCUUCAUGAACGUCACCACUAACGGCAGCAUUCCUCCACCUAUCCUACGCCUCAGCGACGGCGGCCAUUUCGAAAAUCUCGCUCUCCUUCCCCUCCUUAAAAAGCGUCUCAAGAGGAUCGUAGUGAUCGAUGGAAGCUGCAUUUCUGACGAGAAAAAGUACGGCGACGACCUCUUAGGGGCUCUGCAGUUAGCGCGCGAUCGAUUGCACUGCUCUUUUUUGGAUGAAGACGGAAAUGACGUCAUACUGGCGAUCAAGGAAAAUCUGGUGAUGAAAAAGCUAAGAAGCUUUCGGUUCAAAGUGAAGUACAGAAAUGAUCCUAAAGAAGGUGAAAUUCUGUUUGUUGUACCAAGAAGACCUGGAUCAUGUCAAAGUGAAGAGACGGGUGACCUGAAUGAAGUGAGAACUGAGCAGCCCCAGCCAAAAGGGGGGACAGAAGAAGAGAAGAUUCACCAAAACUUAGACAUUCCACUGACAGAAGAGGAGGUUAACAGACUGACCUGUUGCUGUUGUGAAUGUUGCCAUAGUGAUAAAAAGUGCAUACAAUGGUUUUCGGAGAAGAUAUGUGGGACAUUCCCAUCCCAUUCCACCGCAAACGCGUUUUUCACAAAGUCGCUCUUCAGGGCCUAUCACCGCGAGGGCUUCUAUGCCUGUAGCAAGGCGGACGCUGGGAAAUUCUUAGCGCAAGGUCAACAGAUUGAGUGAGAUUGAAGAACAUUUUUAUGUUAACACUAGCCGUUUAUUUUAUUUUUGGCUCGUAAUCCAACAGCUUGUAAUUUAACAUACAGUAUUCAAUAUUUAAACCCUAGAUUUCGGCUUCUCAAAAUAAUGUUUUUUUUUUUAAUUUUGCCUAUUUUCUGUUUCGAGUAAAUUCGUACCUCACCAAAAGGUCACUAUGGUUAUGCCUGUUUGCGUUUGUGGCACAAAUCCCCCUGGAAGCCCAUGAGUCCGUAUUCAGGUCUACGCACAUGAGUCUGUACUCAGGUCUGUUACCUAUGGGAUUGUGCUGAUGAUAGAUAUAUUUUUUUUUUUAAUAAGAUAGACAUAACUCUAGAUUAACCUUCUCAAGUUUACGACUGUAAAGUUUACAAUAGGGCCAUGAUGUCACAGAAGCGUCUAAAAUACCAGGUACGGUACCACAUUAUGUAUAUCAACUAUUGUUAAGGAAUAAAGUAUAGUUUGCAAUAAA